AUGUCUUCAUUCAUAGAUAGUAAUGGUAAUUGCAUCAACGAUGCUAUUGUUGAGAUAUAUCAUGGAAACACAAAAUGCAACAAAGUUGGAAGUCGUGGUGGUGCUGGAGGCUAUAUUUCAGGCAUAAUCAAGCUUUCACACCGAUUAAUCGCUUAUGCGACGAUAGGUGGAAAGGGAACAGUUAAAUUCGCAAGUGGAACUAAAAUAAUGAAAGGUGGCUAUGGAGGUGGGGGCUCUGCAUCUAAUUAUAAUCCUGAACAAUAUUCUCAAGAUUUUGGAAGUGGUGGAGGUCAAACUGCUGUUAAAUUUCUGGCAAAUGACCUUUGGCAUCGCGUGAUUGUGAGCGGCGCUGGAGGCGGGUCAGAUAACGGCUUUACUAAAGAUACAAUGGAAGAUGAUGGAUCAGGAGGCUCUGGAGGUGGUGUUACCGCUCAAGGUUAUUGGGUUAAUGGGAUCCUGAACUCUGAAAGAUUAGCAAAUUCAACAUUUGGCUUUACAUUUGGAUAUGGCGAAUCAGCUCAACAAUUUGGGUCUCAAAGCCAAUAUGGAGUCCGCCAACCGGUUGGGGAUACAGAUAAACCUGGUGCAGGAAGUGGUUGGUUUGGUGGAUUUGCUGGGCACAAUGAAAAUGGGGGUGCAGGAGGGGGAAGCUCUUGGGCACUCUCUGCUGAUGCAAUAAUCCCACCUGGCAAUAUUCCUGCAAAAGGGAGUUAUUACAACGAAUCCGAAAGUCAUCCUUACUACUUCAGCUUGAAUGAUGGAUAUGUUUUCAGUGAUGUUAAAUCAAUUCCGGGUAUCUGGGAAGGAAAUGGUAGACUAGUAAUAACUAUUCUCGACUCCAUUAUAUAUCCAUCUUUGACUUUGAGCUGUAUGCACAUUUCAUAUUCUGUUUUGUUUAUCAUCUUGAUCGAAUCUAAUUCAAACUAA